AUGCCAUCUAUGCUGGAGGUUCAAAACACGGGUUAUCCGAAGACGAAUGUUGAACCUUCCAGGUUUAUUGAAUCUUUUCAAAAAGGAGAGACCCCAACUUUCAUCAAACAUGUCAAGGCUGGACUAGAGGCCUUAUCUGGAGAUCCCAAUGCACUGCUGAUUUUUUCGGGAGGACCAACCAAGAGACUGAGAACAGAUCUCAGCGAGGGAGAAUCAUACCUUAAACUCGCCAAAGAUAACAACUACUACAUUCAAGAAGCGGGGGCAAUCUCGACGAUCGACCCGGCAAGAGUCAUCGCAGAGGAACUUGCUACAGAUUCCUACCAGAAUGUACUCUUCUCAUUGCUGCGCUUUCGUUUACACACAGGUGUCUAUCCGCAACGUAUUACCAUCGUGACUCAUGAAUUCAAAAGGGCUCGGUUCAUGGAAUGUCACUUCCCUGCUGUGGGAUUACUUCCACAGGACGAGACGCAGGCAGAUAACAGGGCUUCUGUGAUUGGUAUCAACCCACCAGAGGAAGUAACCCCCUUAGAAUCAUUGGUCCUUGGCGAGGCUAGCAAAGGAAUUGGGCUCUGGAGACAAGAUCUAUAUGGCGUUGGCAAGGACUUGGCCGGGAAGCGACAUCGAAGAGGCUGGUACCCGGGAAUGGAAGCUGAAUUCUUCAUGCACAGCGGCCUUGAAGAAGUCGUUGAGAGCUUGGUAUGCUGGGACGGCGGGUCGGGUAAUGAAUGGUUUUCGAGGAUGACAGAGCUGCCUUGGUUCUACAGCAACCCAACGCAAUGA